CUAUUCCCUAAAAGCAUUUUCCCACUGACACUGCAAACUAAUCAUCACUCUGCUCUCUCCCUCCCUCCCUCCCUCCCUCUCUCUCUCUCUCUUACGCUCUCGCUGUCUGAGCCGAAACCCCCGAUGGCGGUCUCCGUCGCCGUACUCUCCACCAUCAUUGGCCUCCACCUCAUCGCCUUUGUCUUCGCUGUCGGCGCCGAACACCGCCGCAGCACGGCCACGGUGAAGCCGGACGAGUACGACGAGUACACCUACUGCGUCUACACCACAGACGCGUCGACGGUGUACGGGCUCUCGGCGUUCGGACUCUUGCUCCUUAGCCAGACGGUGCUCAACGGAGUCACUAAGUGCCUCUGCUUCGGCAGGGGCCUAGUGACGGGGUCCUCCGUCACGGCUUGGGCUGUCUUCUUCUUCAUAUUCUCCUGGGUAAGCUUCUUGGGAGCAGAGGCUUGCUUACUGGCCGGGUCAGCAAGAAAUGCCUACCACACCAAGUACCGAGGCUUCUUUGGAGGAGACCAUCUGUCUUGUGCCACUCUCCGCAAAGGUGUGUUUGCUGCAGCAGCUGCUAUGACUUUACUGUCUCUUGUGGGUUCAGUGUUCUUCUACUGGUUGCACUCCAAGGCAGAUACUGGUGGGUGGCAGAAGCACCGUGAAGAAGGUGUCGGGAUGGCAGCUUCUGAUUUUGCUUCUCAACAGCAUCAGCAGACUGAAUCCGGGAAAGCCUGAUUGAGGUUAAGUGUUACUACAUGUUUGAGGACUUUUUAUGUAGGUCAUGUCGAGGAAGAAAUAUGAGUGGGUGGUUGUUUUGUUAGAGUGUAUAUAUGUUGGAAUGGUAUCUUAAGUAUAUCUAGACAUAUAUGCAUACAUAAUUGGAUUAGGCUUCUGCUUUUGCAGUAAUAUGGGGGAUAUGUUGAUCUCUAAUAUUCCACUCUGGACACAUAAUCUGUGUCAAGGUUGACUUUUCCGGUUUGUGGUUCUCUAGCUUGAAUUCUACUAUAUUACCCUCUAUAGUUAGUACAAUGGGGACACUUGCAAGGUUGAAUAUCCUUGCAUUCGUCGGAUCUUGCCUGGAGACCUGCUCUAUCUAUGUAUCUGCAUGUGUUUUUUCGA